AUGGCUGAACCUGUGCGCGAUACCGCGGCCGCCGCGGACGCGUCGCCAGCCGAGGCCCCGCCCGCCAAGCGCCUCAAGACGCUCGGCGCCCCGCUCCGCCCCGGCAUCAUCCGCCCCUCGCUGCUCGCCCCCGAGUCCGCCAAGCGGCUGCGCGCCGCGCACGACGCGUCGGGCCCUUACACGCACGUGGUGCUUGAAGAUCUGGCGGACCCAGAUCUGCUGCGGAGCGUGAGGGACGAGGUAAUCAACAACGUGCAGGCCACUUACAAGGAGACCGAUUUGUUCAAGGUCUUCCAGACAGGUGACCUGGCCAACCUGGACGAGCUGGACCCCGCCAGCGCCGCCAAGCUGCCCUCCCUGAUGCGGCUGAGGGACGCGCUCUACUCCCAGGAGUUCAGGGCUUUUGUGCAGUCCAUCACGGGGUGUGGGGAGCUGUCUGACAAGACGGACUGCUCCUGCAAUGUGUACGCCAAGGGGGGCCACCUGCUGUGUCAUGAUGAUGUCAUUGGAACACGGCGCGUGUCGUACAUCAUAUACCUCACAGACCCCGACGAGCCCUGGAGGGAGGAGGACGGCGGCGCGCUGGAGCUGUAUCCCUGCGUGGACGGCGAGGCGCACACGCCCGCGGUGGCUCCAACCACGUCCCUGCUGCCCCUCUGGAACACGAUGGCCAUGUUUGUGGUGCAGCCGGGCCGCAGCUUCCACUCGGUGCAGGAGGUCUUGUCAGCGGACAAGCCGCGUUUCUCCAUUAGCGGCUGGUACCACGCCCCUGCAGAGCCGGCCGGCAGGGAGAGCGCCAGCCUGCAGCAGCUGCAGAUGGACCCGGGGCAGGACUGCAUCCAGGGGCACGCGCCCUUCGAGGGCGGCGCCGCGGACCGUGAUCUGUCAGAGGAUGAUCUGGCGCUGCUGCGGCGCUGGGUCAACCCUGCAUAUCUUGACUCCAAGGCUUGGCCCAAGAUCCAGUCGCGCUUCGAGGACAGCGGCAGCGUGCAGCUGCAGCGGUUCCUGCUGCCAGAGGUCGCAGACCCAAUCGUGUCCGCCGCCGCGGCCGCCGACGCGGCGCAGGGCAUGGGGCGCGGCCGCCUGCCGCAGCACAGCGCCGGUUGCAGCGAAGGCUGGGAGCCGGUCGGCCCGACCCACAAGCAGCGCUACCUGCGCUAUGUGGGAACCCCCGCCGCCGCCAACGGCGCCGCAGCAGCGGCCGGCGCCGACGCGGCGGCGGCGGGGGAGCCCCCAGCAGCAGAGGCGGGGCGGCGGCUGGCGGACGUGCGGCGCAGCCUGUUUGAGAGCCGCGCGUUUGGGAAGCUCCUGCGGGCGUUCACGACCAUAGACAUGCUGGGGCACGCAGGGGAGGUGCGGCGGAUGCGGCCAGGCCUGGACUACACCGUGGCGCACUACGGCGUCAUCACGCGCGACCCGCGGCUGGACUGCGUGCUGACGUUUGUGGACGACAGGGAGGAGGCAGACGCGGCGGACUGGGGCGUGGGGGAGGUGGGCGGCUUCGAGGCGUACCUCCUCGCUGACGAGGACAAGGAGGGCGCAGCUGCGGCAGACACGUACCGCCAGGACGCGAACGAUGACUCGGGGGUGAUUAACGUGCCGGCGGCCGCCAACAGCCUCAAUCUGCUGCUGCGCGACGCCGGCCUCAUGCGCUUCGUCAAGUUCGUCAGCGCCGCCGCCCCCGGCAGCAGGUGGGACGUGGCCAUGGAGUACCUGCCAGAGGAUGACGGGGAGGAGCCGGAUGAGGGCGAGCAGCAGGAGCAGCAGGAGCAGCAGGAGCAGCAGGAGCAGCAAGAGCAGCAAGAGCAGGAGGAUCAGCAAAAGUAG